GCUACGGUCUCUGGUGGCCGCGGGAGCUUAAAAGGACUCGCGCACCGCGGGGAUUCAGUGUCCGUCAGGGACAGCGACCUGCCUUCCUCAGCAGCCAGACAGUGCUGGGCGAGAUGGGACCCGGCUCUCAGCGCGCGCUCGUCCUUCUCCUGCUGCUCCUUGCCUGCCCUAGAGCGCGGGCUUCCCAGAGCUGCCCCAAUCAGCAGCAGCUCCUGACCACCAUCCGCCAGCUGCAGCUGAUGCUCAGGGGCCAGGAGACCCGCUUCACGGAAGGCAUCCGAAACAUGAAGAGUCGGCUGACCACGCUGCAAACUAUUCUGAACAGAACGGUCUCAGGUUCACCUCCAGUUUCCUGCCCUGCUCUGGACGCCCCCGCUGAUGGCAGGAAGUUCGGAAGCAAGUACUUAGUGGAUCAUGAAGUCCAUUUUAUCUGCAACCCUGGCUUCCAGCUGGUUGGUCCCAGCAGCGUGGUGUGUCUUGCUAACGGCACCUGGGAUGAAGAAAAGCCGCACUGCAGAGCCACCAGUGAGUGCUCUAGCCAGCCUUGUCACAAUGGGGGCACGUGUGUGGAAGGAGCCAACCAGUACAGAUGCAUCUGUCCUCCAGGGAAAACUGGCAACCACUGUCAGAAUCAGAUCCAGCCUGAGGCCCCAGAGGACGGUGUGAUCCGCGACCCCGGGGCCCCGGAGGGCGGCAUGCACAGCGACUCAGCCUUCAGUCACCCGCCGCAUUGCAAGCAGGUGGGGCAGGAGCAGCAUUGCAGCUGCGAGGCGGGAUUCCAUUUGAGCGGCACCCUGGGCAGCGACGGCGUGUGCCUGGAUGUGAACGAGUGUGAGAUCUACGGGCAGGAGGGACGCUCCCGGCUCUGCUUGCAUACCUGCGUGAACACCCCUGGCUCCUUCCGCUGUGCCUGCCCCAGUGGAUACGGGGUCCUGGCUGAUGGCCAGACCUGUGAGGAUGUUGAUGAGUGUGUGAGCUCACAGCACACGUGCCCCCAAGGGACCACAUGCUUCAACACUAGAGGAAGUUUCCAGUGUGUCAAACCUAAGUGCCCUGAGGCCAGCAGCAACAUAAGCUACGUGAAGACAUCUCUCUUCCAGUGCGAGCGAAGCCCCUGUCCCAUGGAUAACAGGCUGUGUCGCCACAUGCCUAAGACUGUCACCUUCCACUACCUCUCUCUACCUUCCAACCUGAAGACGCCCGCCACGCUCUUCCGCAUGGCCACAGCCUCAGUUCCUGGCCAGUCUAGGCACAACAGCCUGCGCUUCAAAAUUGUGGGUGAGAACAGCCGUGGCCACUUCGCAAUACAGCGCUCAGACCGGCAGACAGGGGAGCUCAUCCUUAAACAGACCCUGAAAGGGCCUCAGACUGUGCAGUUGGACGUUGACAUGUCAGAAUACCUGGAACGCUCCUACCAGGCCAUCCACACUUCCAAAAUCACCAUCUUUGUGUCUCCCUAUGAAUUCUAAGGACGCCAUGGUAGUCGGAGGACUGAGAUUUGAGAUCUGGGUUGAUUUCUCUUCUCCAACGACACAGCUGUAGGCAAGAGCUGCGAUGGUCAUUGGCCAUUUCUCCUCUUUGUCGUGUUCCCACACACAUUGCCUGUUCAUCAGGGCUUCUAGAGCAAUGUGCUGUGCUCUGUCCCACGGGCCGGCACAGGAGGGACGGUCCGAAUACA